AUGGCUUCCACGGGGAAGUCCAGUACGGAAGAUUCCCGUCGGGGAAUGGGUUCGCCCAAACCUAAGUCACGAGAGAAUGCCAAGGACACCCUAUGUCGGAACGUUACCAUCUACGGCCGAUGUCGCUAUGAAGAUAAAGGCUGCGCUUUCAAUCACGAUCCGCAAAAACAGAACCCCGCGAAUAACUUCGACAGUAACGGCAACAGAAAACGAUUCAAUGUCGAUUCUCCCAGCUUUACUCCUUCUCUACUGUCUACCAAUGGAUCAACGACACCCACGAAAAAAACAUCGGCAACUAUUUCACCGAAAGCUGCGAAUGCUGCCCCGUUCCAGCCUAGGACUGUCUCGUCGCCUGACUGGAAAAAAGGUUCUAAUUCAAGCACGCCAAGUUCUCGUCAAGACACACAAACCCCUGAUUGGACUGUAGCAGAAGCUCAGGAGUUUGUCCCACAAGGCUUUGAUGCCCCUCCUAUGACUCCUCUCCAAGGAACCGGUACCAAUGGUCUCGCUACUACGGCUGCGUUUGAUCCUUUCGUGACGGCCCCGGCUCCCCUUUCUGGUGCAGGUGUGGGUACUGUUCCGGGAAACCCAUAUUCACCUGACACAGCUGCUGCUGCUGCUACAGCUGCUGCAUUGAAUGGCGCAGCUUUCUUUGCAAACCAAAGUGGAUUUCAGCAACCAGUACAAUAUCAUCUUUAUGCCCCUAUCGGACCACAUAACCAAAACACCUUGGGCUAUCAGCGCAACGUUCAUGACAUUUUUCUCCCUAAUGACUUCCGAGAAGAGUUACAGAAGAAAGCAGCCGCAACGCUGCAGAUGCUUCCCAACACCCAAUUGCCGGCUCAAGUCGAUUAUUUCCAUUCUCUUGUUCCACUGGACCUGAACCACCAAAAGAAUGCAGCCACUUUUGGUUUCCCUAGUUGGGUAUACAAAGCGCAGUCCAGCAAGGAUGGGAAUUUCUAUGCUCUUCGGAGAUUAGAAGGCUUCCGUUUGACGAACGAGAAGGCCAUUCGAUCUGUUCAGGCGUGGAAGCGAGUGUGCAAUGGCAGCGUAGUGACGAUUCACGAUGCUUUCACAAGUAGGAGCUUUCAAGAUAGCUCGCUCAUUUUUGUCACUGACUACCACCCUCUUUCGAAGACACUUGCAGAACAACACCUUGGGGCUGGGAACAGAUUUCAAACUCGGCAUCCUGCACACAUUCCUGAGCAGGUGCUUUGGAGUUACAUGACACAACUUGCAAACGCGUUGAAGGCUAUCCACAGUAAUGGGCUUGCUGCGAGAAUCAUCGAACCCAGCAAGAUUCUUUUGACAGCCAAAAAUCGCGUUCGCUUGAAUGCGUGCGCUAUCAUGGACGUGGUCCAGUACGAAGCUCAGCGAUCGGUUACGGACCUUCAACGCCAGGAUUUGGUCAACUUGGGGCAGUUGAUCGUUACCCUAGGAGCAAACUCGCCAAGUGUCAUGGGUAAUCCUACUAGGGCUAUGGAACACUUCACGCGUGCCUACACGCCACAGCUGAAGAAUUCGGUAUUUUGGUUACUGAACGGCAUGCAAAAGGAUCAAGAGCGGAGCAUUGACAUUUUCAUCACCGGAAUUUCAUCGCAGCUAAUGUCGACAUUCGAUUCGUCCCUCCAUUUGGAUGAUCAGCUCACAUCGGAUCUUAGCCGUGAGCUUGAGAACGGUCGCCUUGUACGGUUGAUGACAAAAUUGAAUCUCAUUAACGAGCGGCCCGAAUAUGACCACGAUCGGCAAUGGUCCGAGAACGGGGAGCGGUAUUUCUUAAAGCUCUUCCGAGAUUUUGUUUUCCAUCAGGUGGAUGCCCAGGGAGAUCCAGUUGUCGACCUCGGGCAUGUGCUCGCAUGCUUGAACAAGUUGGACGCGGGAUCGGACGAAAGAAUUACCCUGGUGAGUCGGGAUGAGCAAAGCUGCUUUGUCGUCAGCUAUAAGGAGCUCAAGAAGGCCCUUGAAUCGUCUUUCCAGGCAUUAAUGAAGCCGGGGAGGAGGCUCCCUUGA